AUGACCCAGAAACAAAAUUACACCGCACCAGCACCGGAAAAUCGAGCUGGCCGAAGUUACAACCUGGAUGAAAAAUUUCCAGCCCUGGUCAUUCACGGCCUAUGGUUAGCAAGACAGAAUGAUACAGGCGUGGUCUGUCAAGACCCGUUCCCUUUCACAAUUAAUCGCGACAAGGUCGAUGGGUUCCAAAGCGGAUGCACUAGACUCUACACAUUUGGCAACAAGACCCGGAAAAACCUGACGUGUUGCCACUGGACCAUGAUUAAUGUCACCGAGUUGGCAUUUGAGUAUAUUGCUGGCAGCAAUCAGAAUUAUGCGGUCUCUAUCGCUAUUAUUGAUUAUCUGAGACCUGAAGAUAGUCACCGCGACUUCACGCUGUUCCCUUUCACGAGAGAUGACCAUACUAUUAAAAACGAUCAGGGCCCCGACUUUGGAGAGUCCAUCUUCAUAUUUAUGCCGCCCUAUAGAACAAUUGAUGCGCCCAUUUCCCCGAAAAGCACUUUCACUCCCUAUGUCAAAUGUAAUGCCGACAUACAACCGCAGUACGAAAUUUACAUGGGUCCAGCGCCCGCCCAGGCCACGGUUGCGACGGAUGAAACCACACUUUACUAUCGCUCGGAAGAUGGAACUGAAGCAUUGAUUGUGGCACCCUCACCAUUAGUUACAAUGAUCGCACCAAAGGGCUGUCGCGUCUAUAUCCCCACUUUCCUCGUUGGAGUACGCAACUACUCUAUCACCUAUACCCUCGGUAAAAUCUCCAUGCCGGCGUUACAAAGCCCCGGCUUCUUGUGGUCCAUGGAUCCCGCGGAAGAAGCUGAAGAUAGGGGAUAUCCAAUCAUCGGCACAGUCAGCCCGGCGCAAACUAUCACGUUUUCUUUCCGGCGCAUCGAAUCGUGCAACAUCUCGAUAAUUUUCGCGGACUCUAACCAUGUGUAUACCUCUGCGGACAUUGGAACACGCCUCUACAUGACGGGGACACACAUCUUCUAUGCCGAGUACCCCGACUUCCACAAUAAUAUCUAUAGCAUCGGCUGUUACCACGAUACUAUCGUCAACUUUAUCAAGCAGUUCUUCUCCAGCGCCUUCGACACCUAUGCCUACUUCUACGACGGUGACGACGGGUACCACCAAUCCAGUUACGGUGUCGUCAUUUCAAACGACCAACCCUGCAAGCAG